AUGCGCAGAUGGAUGCUCUUGUUUCCGCGGGCGUCAACUUCUUUGACACUGCCGAGCUCUAUCCGGUUGCGUUCAAUUAUGGCAAGACCACGGAAACGUGGAUGGGCAAUUGGCUCCAGAAAAACAGUGGAAAGCGCAGCGAGCUUUAUUUUAUCUUUUGCGACAAAGUGCAAUGCCGCAGGCAUUGGUGGCCACGGCGAAGCUCACGACUACAACGCGGACGUCCUUCUGGCAUCCUGCAAGGCUUCCAUCGAGCGCUUGAGGUGUGAAUACAUUGAUCUGUACUAUCUCCACUUUCCAGUCCGCGAUAUGCCACUCUUUGGGUGCGCCUCCUUCUUCCCAGAUGGCAAGAAUCGCCCCUUCAAGUUCAUGAACAAAGGGGAACUCACGGAUUUCGACGCCUCCGUGCUGGCGGUCAAAAAGCUUUUCGACGCUGGGCUCAUCAAGCACUGGGGCCUCUCCAACGAGAACGCCUAUGGUGUCACCAUGUUCUGCCUGACGUGUGACAAGCACAAAGUACCACGGCCCGUCUGUGUGCAGAAUGACUACAGCCUGCUGAACCGCACGUACGAGAGCGACACGUACGAGGCGUGCCAUCGCUUCGGCUUGGUCGGCAUUCCUUACGGCGUCCUUUGUGGUGGCGUCUUGACCGGCAAGUAUUUCGACAAGUCCGAGUUCGCGACCAAAGAUCCAGAUCGCCCUCUUGCGGAAUGCAGGCACCGGUCACGGUCAGAUUUCCAACCACGUUACGGCAUGCCAGCAGCGAUGAAGGCGACCGAGAAAUACAUGGCCCUCGCCAAAAAGUACGGCCUGACACCCGCGGAGUUGGCAAUUGCCUUCGCACUGAGGCAGCCUUGCAACACAUGUGUUAUUAGCGGCACCACGACGGUCAGACAGGUGGAGGAAUGGGUUGGUGCCAGCAAAAUCGAGAGCCUCCCAGAGGAGUUGCUUCUUGAGAUUGACGGGGUCCAUGAAGAAUGCCGCAACCCCAGCAUGUACUACGUGAACAAGGAACCGGACUUGCCGGGCUACCCGCCAGGGUAUCACGAGCCGCGUCCGGCCCUGGCGGCGAGGACCCUGGCGGCCGCAGAGGGCCCCAGCGGGUCUCCAGGAGAGAUCAGUGCGCUCGGCAAAAGCGACAUCUGCACCGGGAGGGGCAACGACGAGCUCCCGGAGCGCUUGACGGGCGCUGGGGGGCUGCCGCGGGAGCCGGCCGAGCUGCGGGGGGAUGGGUGCCCCUACGAGAUGCUGGUCUUCGCCCCGCCCGCGCCGCGCGGGGCGCUGCCGCUGUUGCUCUACCUCCACGGCGCGGGCGAGAUGGGCGGCACCCUCCGCGAGAUCCUCUCGGAGGGCGCCACCGGGACACCGCCCGUGGAGCUGUCCAAGGGCACGGCGCUGCCCGCCCUCGCGCGCGGCUUCGUGGUCGUGGCGCCGCACUCGCGCGGCGGGUGGCAGGCGGAGGCGGUGGCGAGCCCCUCGCCCGGGCCUCCGCACGUCCUGCUCUCCGACAACGCGGGCCUGGACCUCGACCCCGGGAGGCUCUACGUGACAGGGCACUCCAUGGGCGGCUCCGGCGCCCUUUCCGCCGGCACCACGCGGCGCUUCCACGCGGUCGCGCCCGUCGCGGCUGCGGGAACGCCCAGGCCAGAUGCACUAGAGGGAGUUCCUGUAUGGGCUUUCCAUGGCCGGAACGACGUCGUGGUCCCCAGCGACUACAGCGAGAGGCGCCGGCUCCGCCGGGCUGGCCACAGUGCGGCGGGCACGCCAGCACGAUCCCCGCCUACGCGACGGAGGACCGAGUUGUACGAGUGGCUACUGUCCUACAAAGCGAUCGGCAGCACGGAGUGA